AUGGCGAACGAGGGCGAACGGCCAACAAGUGCCGACAAGGGCAAGGGCAAGGUUGAAGACGUUCGCGAGUUGAACGGCAAGAAGCCCCAAAAUGAUGAGAAGACCACCGAGGAUGGCAAGAAGAAGGACGAGGAGCCCCGGGACGAUGAGCUCAGUGAAGAAGACCAGCAAUUGAAAGAUGAGCUCGAGAUGCUCGUGGAGCGGUUAAAGGAGCCCGACACCUCACUCUACGGUCCUGCCCUGGACGCGAUCAAGAACUUCAUUAAGACCUCCACAUCUUCCAUGACAGCUGUCCCAAAGCCGUUGAAAUUCCUCCGUCCGCAUUACGAUGACCUGGCAGCACUUUACGAGAAGUGGACAGCCGGCCCCGUUCAGGACUCGCUGGCUGAUAUGCUGUCCGUGCUCGGUAUGACCUACGGAGAUGAGACCAAGCUGGAGACUCUGAAAUACCGCCUAUUGGCUAAGUCGGAAGAUCUUGCCUCCUGGGGCCACGAAUACAUUCGACACCUGGCGCUGGAGAUUGGACAAGAAUACCAGAAUCGGUUGAAUGCCGAGAAGGAGACCAAAGACCUGGUGGAUCUCGCUUUGUCGCUGGUGCCUCAUUUCCUCAGCCACAACGCCGACGCUGAUGCAGUCGAUCUCCUCAGCGAGAUGGAGAUCAUCGAGGAGAUCCCGCGCUUUGUGGAUGAAAACACUUACUCCCGAGUUUGCUUGUACAUGGUCAGCAUGGUCAACUUGCUCACUUACCCCGAAGACCAGCAAUUCCUCCGCACCGCCCACGAGAUCUACGUCCGUUACAACAAAUUGACCCAGGCCAUCGUACUCGCCAUUCGGUUGAAUGACAUCGAUCUCAUUAAGAGUGAUAUCGACGCCACCGACGACAAGUCCCUUAAGAAGCAAAUGGCUUUCCUCGUUGCUCGACAGCAGAUUUGGCUCGACUUGCCGGCCGAGGACGAGGAAGGUGAGGCGUUGAAUGACUGCCUUAAUAACACCUCCAUUCCCAAGCACUUCAAGUCUCUUGGAAAGGAGCUCAACAUUCUGGACCCUAAGAUGCCCGAGGAUAUCUACAAAACACACCUGGAGAGUAGCCGCGGAGCCGGUCUCACCAACCUUGAUUCAGCACGACACAAUUUGGCCAGCGCCUUUGUCAACUCCUUUGCCAAUGCCGGCUUUGGUAACGACAAAAUGAUGCUGGUUGAGGGUGAGAAAGGCCCGUGGGUGUGGAAGACCAAGGAUGACGGCAUGCUCUCCACAACAGCGUCGCUGGGUAUGCUUCUUCACCGGGAUGUUGAGGAUGGCUUGGAUAAGAUCGACAAGUUCACCUACGCAUCGGAGGACCAGGUCAAGGCCGGUGCUUUGCUUGCCAUUGGUAUUCUGAACUCUGGAGUCCGUCUUGACUCGGACCCGGCUCUUGCACUCUUGAGUGAUCCCGACAACUUAGAGGCCAAGAACGUGCCCAUGCGAGUUGCCUCUAUCAUGGGCCUCGGUCUGGCAUAUGCUGGUUCUAACAAGGAGGACCUCCUUGAAAUUCUUCUUCCUAUUGUAGAGGAUUCUUCUUUGGAUAUGCAGCUCUCUGCUAUGGCAGCGGUCUCACUUGGUCUCAUCUUCGUUGGCUCAUCAAACCACCAGGUUAGUGAGGCCAUUGCCACGACUUUGAUGGAUGAGGAGCGCCAGAAGCAGCUCAAGGACAAGUGGACACGAUUCAUGGCUCUGGGUCUUGCACUACUUUACUUCGGUCGGCAGGAGGAGGUUGACGUUAUCCUCGACAUCCUGAAGGCUGUUGACCACCCUAUGGCCAAGCCCACCUCCGUCCUUGCCUCAGUGUGUGCCUGGGCCGGUACCGGAACUGUGCUCAAGUUGCAAGAACUUCUUCACAUCUGCAAUGACAUUAUUGAGGAGAAGGAGGAGAACAAGGGUGAUGAGCUUGUUCAGUCUUACGCUGUCCUGGGUUUGUCCCUCAUUGCCAUGGGCGAGGAUGUCGGCCAGGACAUGAUUCUCCGUCAAUUCGGCCAUCUCAUGCACUACGGCUCUCCCAACAUUCGCCGGGCUGUGCCCCUUGCUAUGGGAUUGAUCAGCCCCAGCAACCCCCAGAUGAAGGUUUACGACACCCUGUCUCGAUACAGUCACGACAAUGACAACGAUGUUGCCAUUAACGCCAUCUUUGCCAUGGGUCUCUGCGGUGCGGGUACCAACAACGCUCGUCUGGCACAGCUUUUGCGUCAACUGGCUAGCUACUACCACCGUGACCAGAACUCCCUGUUCAUGGUGCGCAUCGCUCAAGGUCUUCUUCACAUGGGCAAGGGCACAAUGACGCUCAACCCCUUCCACACUGACCGCCAGGUCCUUUCCCGAGUCUCGGCGGCUGGUCUGCUCACAGUCCUUGUAUCCUUAAUUGAUGCCAAGGACUUCAUCUUGGCCGAUAGCCACUACCUGCUUUACUUCCUUAUUACCGCCAUGUUCCCACGUUUCCUCGUGACUCUUGAUGAGGACCUGAACCCGCUUACCGUCAACGUGCGCGUGGGUCAGGCCGUGGACGUCGUCGGCCAGGCUGGUCGGCCAAAGACUAUCACUGGAUGGCAGACCCAGAGCACACCGGUGCUUCUGUCACAUGGUGAGAGGGCUGAGUUGGAAGACGAGCAGUAUAUCCCCCUUAGCAGCACACUCGAGGGCUUGGUCAUUCUGCGCAAGAACCCUGACUGGGAAAAUCCCGAAUAA